AGAUCAAUCAAAUAAUACGCGAGUCUCGCGAACUAUCCGUCAGCCCUGCAUAUGAGCAUCUUUCAUUAUUCUGAUUAACGGCCCUGAAGGCGGCACCGCGAGGAAGCGCAGCGACGCCGAGAAGAAUCAUCAGUGGAGGUCAGACCACCAGCGGCCACGGGCACGCGCCGCCGCGCGUUCAUGGAGGAGGACUGCCAGAAGCCUCGCUCGGUGUGCGCAUGCGCUCCCUCAAGCACCCCGCGCUUUCUGCAGCCGCAGCUGAAACUCGGUCCGGCGCUGUUCCUCCUGGCAGAGCAUCGCGUCUGUUCAGCACAGAGCAGCUUCCCCGGAGAGCCUGCGCCCCGCACGGCCAGAUGUCAGCCGAGCUGCCUCAUCCUCCCCGUCUUUGUGGAUCCUCUGCGGCUGGACACAGCCCCGCUCCUGUGGCUGGAAGGAAGCUCCCGUCUUCUCCUGCAGGCCUGCCCUCACCUCAGAGAUGCUUGGCUUACAGGGAAGCUCCUCCUCUCCUAAGGUGUACCGCUGUGUGGCGUGCUCAGCCACCUUCAGUGGGCUGGCCUCUCUGUUAGUGCAUCAAGCAACCCACGCAAAUACCCUCCACAAGGCGUCCGCCCCGCCUGCCGACCAGCACCAAGCUCCCUUUCAAAGCACGGACUCGGCCAGCGAGCGCCUCGCUCCGCCUGCUGUCCAGCCCGAGAGCCCUUCAUCUUCUUUUUAUAUUUGUGACUGUGGAGAGGAGUUUCAGGACUUUGAUCUCAUGCUGGAGCACAAACGCUCCCAUGCCUCUCAAAUGCAGCUGAUGCAGCCUUCAGAAGACGCACGUGUCCAGGAGGUUUUGCCCGCGCCCGAUGAGUCAUUUGCCCCCGUGAGCCAAACAGGCUUGGUCCUUAGCUGCCCCUCUACUUCCAUAUCCCCCGAUGCUGAAGGGCCCACAUUAAAUACCUAUAAAGGUGAUGUGGCCUUGGAGGAGGAUGUUGCCAUGGUGACGCCUCCUCAAGGCCAGUGUUUAACCCCUGAAGAUGUCAAAGAGGAACGACUGGAGAAUGUCAGCAUCUCCUUUGAGCGAAUGCCAGAUGCUGCAGAGGACGGCUUCCAGGAGAAGGCCGGUCAAUCAGACUUCAGUGAAAAGGGCGGCCAUUUACCUAAAACCGAUGUACUAAUGAAACUGCUGGCUUCAGCUUACACCAACCGCUUCCCACCUCCACCGUCACCAACAGAUAGUCAAAGCAACACAGAUGUUUCACUCAAAGAAGAAGAUGUGCCAGUUGACAUAAUGCCCCUGGAGAAAGCAGAUGUGUCCCAGGGGCAUGACCUCUCCAUCGCCCAACUGAAGCGACUGCUGACGAAGCCUGGAGUAAAGACCAAAUGCCCCUCCAUUAGCACUGUUCUAAGCCUGAGUAGGAAGAGAAUUGUGUCUCUAACAAAGACUUUUUCCCCCGUUGUGAUCCUAGAGACCCGGCAGAAGCUCAUGGAUUCCUUUAACAAAGGCACAUACGGUAGAUACCAAUGCGGGCGCUGCCGCAGAGUCUUUCAUAACAUCGACCGAUUGACCGAGCACCACUUCUUGCACAAAAAAGAGCGCAUUAAAUGCUGCCGUCGCUGCAAACAGCUGAUUAUCGGGCGCCUGCCUUUGCCUAAGAAUCACGUCUGCCCUCAGAUGGCAAACAGAAGCAACCAGGGCUCAGGCUCUGUAAAACCUAAGUUCCCCUUUGCUCCUAGAAAGGUGCCGCUCCACAAUCUAAACAACACAAAGAAAGUUUUCUACUGUCCGCUGUGCAAACACAGCUAUGCCCGCAGGUGGAACCUCAAAACGCACCGUUGUCAUGCCGACGCGUCAGCCGUGUCCAGGCUGGGUAAUCCCUUCCACGGAAGGCUCGCGCUGAGGCCGGACGAAAACAGCGAACUGUUCACACAUGAAAAUCAAAACGGAUAUUCGGAUUUCAGGAACAUUGGUGUCGGAACCGAGCUCAUGGACCGCGUCAAGGUUGAGGUCCCGUCUCCAGCUGUCAAGCAGUCGGACGUUUCACAGACGGCCUGGACUCCUCCGGCAAAGUGCUUCUCCCCAUUCUCGAACAAAUCCUCCAUGAGGGACGACAGCCUGUCCCUGUCUUUACUGCAGGAGGGAGCAGAGUUGAGCUGGGGGACAGACGCUUUAGUCAGCGAAGGGAGUAACGAAGGAAGGUGGGCAGUGCCAGGGGAUGAGGGGAUUCUGGCCUUUUCCUCUGCAGAUAAAGCCAGCGAUGACGAGGAUGCUAUGGCGUCCGGCUCAGCUGAACAGGCAGACGGGGUGUCCCAGGGCUUGCACUAUUUUGUCAGUGAUGGUGUGAGGCGGUACCCGUGUAACAGGUGUCACAAGACAUACAGUCGAGCCACCACCCUGAAGCGGCACCUGCGGCUGUGUGGGUUCAGGCCCGGUGCGUUCAGGGUCGUCCCGCAGGCUGACGGUCACAGUUCUGUUGUGCCACACGUCAGCAGCGUCAAAUUGUUCCCCUGUUUUGUUUGUGGAAAAACCUUCAACCGCAAGGAUAACAUGAUGGUUCACAGGAAAAGAUGCCAGUUGCAGCGAACUUUGCAGGAUGUGGAUAGCGGGGCGGUGCCGCACAGUUUGCCAGGCGGCGCAGGAACAGACCGUCCGCCCCAGGAGGACGAGGCGGGAAACUGGGGCAUCAUGGGCCUGCCGUCUGUUCUUCCAAGGAGGGUGACAUGUGAGUGUGGGGCCAGCUUCACAUCUCCAAAGCUUCUGGUGGAGCAUCUGCAGAAGCACGCCCAGGAGACGUACACAUGCCCAACUUGCGGAGAGACUGUUAAUUCUUGGGCUGACUAUGAAGUUCACCUGCAGAUCCACAUGCAGUCUCAUCACCAGCUCCUGAAGGGAGUGCAGCCCCCACGGACCCACCCUCUUCUGCUCCGAUUUCAGCCCCAGCCAGCGGAGCGUCACCCACUGAAACACCCACAGCAGCUCCUAAAUCCUGGGAAAAAGCAGCGCAUCGUUUGCUCCAGAUGCGGAAACAGUUUUGCGACUCGCUGUUCCCUCCGAAGGCACAUAUCCUGGAAUCGCUGCAAAGGCGUGCGGGCCACAAAUCCCCCCACACCCAAGACCUUCCGCUGCUCACACUGCAACUCUGACUUCCCAAACACCAUCAGCCUCCUCUUUCACCAGCGGAGCGGAGCCUGCAAACCCGCCAUCAAGCCGGUCCGCUGCCCCGUUUGCCUCCGCUGGUUUGGGACUGUGGAGAGUCUGCAGAAGCACCUGCUCACCCACAAGCAGUCCGAGUCGUACCGCUGUGACGUGUGUCAGGGCACGUACCCCAACCUCAAGUCCCUGAAGAACCACCGGCGGAGGAUCCAUCGCAUCAUGGCAGGAGACACGAGGCCCAAAACUCCAGAUCUGCUGCCCUCCCUUCCCUGCCUGAUGAUGAAGAGAGGGAGUCAGAUCCUGCAGAACAUCCUGAGCAGCAGCCCCAGCACAGACCAGAUGAACGCCGGACACUUUUGCUUCAGCUGUGAGCAGAUUUUUGGGAGUCGGAAGGUUCUGGAGGAGCAUGUGUGUUCCUCCGCCAGUUUUAUCUGCUCCUGUGGAACAGAGUUCAAGGAAUACAACGCUAUGAAGCAGCACAGCUCAACACACGAACCGGGUCACCAGGUGCUGGACCAUGAAACCAUAAAGAAGCGAAGAAUUGAGAAGGUGCUAGAAGAACAGGAAAAGAUUAAAAAACUACAGCAAGCCGAGAUUCUGAAGACAUCUAAUGUGAGAAGAGUUCCACCGGUGUCGUUGCAGAGGAAGACGGUUCUGCCAACACCCGGUGCUUCAGCUCUAAUGCCACAAAGGCCCGGGCAGUUUUCACAAGUGCCUAAGGUGUGUCCUCCGCUGUCACAACUGUCAUCAGUCACAAAGCCCUCUGCCAAAAAUGUACAAAGCGUCUUUGGGGGCGCCGGCGCACCAACUGUGGACCUAUGGACACUUUAUCAACCAGUUGUGUUGAUAAAAAGAACUGAUGUUUUGAACAGGAAAAAGCCAUACACCUGUGGAAAAUGUGGGCAGAGCUUCCUAUCAAAGGCUUCUCUCGUCUCCCACCACAACUUGCACGUUACAGAUAAAGUCUCGGGGUGUGUGGGAUGUGGGUUGCUGCUCUCCAGUAAGAAGUUAGUGCCACGCUUCCAUGCUUGUAAAGCCACAAACAAUCAGACCAAAUUCCGACUCGUCACGGCAAAACCGCUAGAUUUCAAGCUGCCGAGUGGACCUGCAGUACUCUGGAAUGCAGUUCAUCAAAAACCUCUGAUCAAUCUGCAGUUGGAGAACAAAAGUCCUUUUCUAGCUGUUAAAGGUGGCCUAGCACCUAACGUCUCCUCCAUCUCAGCCCUGAAAACUCAGAACAUCCAGACGUACAGGAAAGUACUGCAGUCAAACAACCAGCCCACUGCAUCCAAACCCACUGGCUUUUUAUUGCCGGCAAAGAGCCAAAGCCUCAAGCUAACCAAUAGAAACUCUGCUUCUGAUAUUUUCAGCACUGCUGAAGACUCGUCUGCCCUGAAUGACUUCCAGUGCAGGGUCUGCAGUAUUCUAUUUCAAACCCCUCAGCUGCUUCAGAGGCACAAGUGUGUCAAGGCCCAGGAGUUUAUGGCACGGCACAUGAAAGAGGCCAAACUUCCACCCAAAUCUUGCAGCGGAACACCCGCGACGACCAAUUUUGCUCACAUGAACGGUGAGAGAAAGCUAGGACUUCAGGCAAACCAACUCAGGGCUGUGAGUCUGGAGAAGGGUGUUCCGGGAAUCGGGGAGUUGGCCGGCGAUGCCGACGAUGACUGUUACAUUGUUGAAGCCGGAUCCGCCAACCCCGCUGAGGUUAUUUACCAAGUCACGUCGUCUGUCCCCAUCAAGACUUAACGAAGCCCUUUCUGCGUCUCUUUUCACCUAAUGGACCAAAUGUUUCCUCUGAUGAUCAGAAACCUUCAGUGAGCAAGAACACUGUGCUUCCUGGACUGUGUUUACCCCCCCCCCCCCCCCCCCCCUUUAUAUAAGUUAAGUUAAUAAAGUAUGUGUGCAAACAUGUAUGUUUGUUGUUGAAGCAAAACAUUCAGUCACACUUUGAGAGGUUUCAAAUGAUUGAUUUUAAAGAAGAGGAAGAUGUUCAUCAGUUUUAUUCUGAUAUGUAUAAAUACAUCUGUUCAUCGUUUACCAUAGAUAAUGUAUUAUAAUAGUCCUGGUUUUGUGUUUUUAGUACGAUUGAAAAUGUAAAUCUGUGGCAAUUAGGCUCCAACUUUGUUUGUUCUUACCAGCUUUACUGGAUUCAUGACAUUUCUGAAACAUUAAAGUAUAUUUUAAAGACU